GACAUCCAGAGUGGCAAAGCUUGCCGCAAAGCCCCAUCCUCCGGGGAUUUCUACAGACCGUGUUUGCUUCAUGCUCCAACAAUAUAAGCGCUAAAGGUACCUAACCGACCCUCGUCGUGGAAGCAAAGACAGCUACGGCAUCGACGAACUGUAAAAUAAAUAAAUAUAUGACCACAUAGCUAGGCUUUUGGGUCAAAUAGUUUAACCCCUAAUCUGCCACAGGGGAGAACAGUCGAAGCGGUCGUGUUUUUUUGGGGGAAAUGCGUGCAGGUUUUUGUGUUCUUUUCGAUGCGGUCGGGACUGUAGCCGACUGGCUCGUCGCAGCUAGCUCGGUCCAGCCGCGUUGAUGCCGCAGCAGCUUGUAGUCUUCACAUCCAGCUCCACCAUCACGGGAUCAGGAAGACAAAAGGUGAGGUACACGCCGCUCUGGUCUCCCGGAAAGAAGAAAUAAGCUGCUGAACGAGAUUCUGCGCCCGCUUGUGCUUCACUAGUGUCCCGGUGAAGAACCAGGCUGCAGAGCGAAGUCACAGUCUGCAGGCAGCUGCAUCAGGAUGGCGGCCGUGGUCAACUACUCUCCACCUUGGUGGGUGAAUCUGCUUCACCGGUUACCUCACUUUAACCUGGAAUUUCAAAUGGUGAGCAGUGACUUCAGACCAGAGGACUCAGAGUAUCAGAAGUCUAUUUUGCUCAUCGGUGCUAUGGCCGUGCUGUGUUUGGGCCUGGACCUCAUUUUCCUCCUCAUCUACUCCUUCUGGCUUUGCUGCCGAAGAUGCAAGAAGGAAGACUCCUCACACUCCCAUUCUCACUCCCAGCAGCCCAGUGCUGACUGCUGCUGCACCGCUUGGUGCGUCAUCAUCGCCACGCUCGUCUGCAGGUGAGAGGCUAAACGACUGGAGCUGGUUUUUUCCCUAAAAUAUCUGUUAAAAUAUACUUAUCCCCUUAUGGACUAGUGAUGCUAAUUAGCUUCGUACCUCUUUCACUGAGACUACACUAAGGGGACGUAUCAAUACUUCAAAUUUUGGUUAACUUAUGUCUCUCACAUUAGAUACAUUUGAUAUGACAUUUUGUGGUCAAAGUGUGAACUACAUAUACUUCAAGGAGGCUGAAGUGUGCAAUAGUCUGACCACUGGAAUUUUACUGAUAAAUAAUUUUAAUCCUCAGCUAGGUUGUGCAAUAAUUAGUUAUCUCUAUCUAUUCAGAUAUAGAAAUUGUCUACAAAAGCA